UUCCUUCUUAUCACUUUCCUCUUCUUCUCCGACUCUGAUCCCACCACACUUUUGACUUUCACUCAAUGGCGAUGCAGCUUUCUCCAACGACUCUUUACGCCGGAAGAUCCUCCGUGGUCUUACCUCCGAUGACUCCAACCCUCCACAGAUCAUCUUUCUUGCCUUAUUACUCGAUGAGACUACUUGGCAACAAGAAGUCUCUUUCCAAAUCUUCAUCCUCUGCUCCUAGAUUCUCCAUGCGUGUCUCCUCCAAGCAAGCCUAUAUUUGCCGUGAUUGCGGGUAUAUUUACAAUGAUAGAACUCCAUUCGACAAGUUGCCUGAUAACUAUUUCUGUCCAGUGUGUGCUGCUCCUAAACGGCGUUUUAGACCGUACAUGCCUGAUGUGAGCAAGAAUGUCAACGACAAAGAUGUGAGAAAGGCCAGAAAAGCUGAGCUCCAAAGAGACGAAGCUGUUGGGAAGGCUUUGCCUAUAGCAAUUGCGGUUGGAGUUUUGGCUCUCGCAGCUCUUUACUUCUAUGUCAACAACACCUCAUGAAUGCAGCAUCAAGAGAAGCUACAUUCUGCUUUUGAAAUCAUAAUUUUGUUUUGUAUAAACAUUCAUCUUCGACUUGUUGACCACUGUAAUGAAGUAAAGUAUUGAGC